AUGCAUUUUUUCACGCCCUCUGUUCUAUUAGGCCUUGCCGUUUCCUUGGCAAGUGCUACUGUCGCUCCUUCGGCUUCUUCUUCUGCUGUGGAAAAGCGAGAUGGUACCUAUCGAUCUGUGUCCUACUUUGUGGACUGGCCACAAAACUUGACUGACACGCUGCCCUCUGUCACGCACGUGCUGUAUUCUUUUGCCAAUUUCAAAGCAGACACCGGCGAGGUCUUCCUUGCUGAUUCGUAUGCCGAUCUCGAGAAGCACUAUCCAGAUGACUCCUGGAGCGAAAGCGGCAACAAUGCAUACGGCUGCGUCAAGCAGUUCUAUCUCUUGAAAAAGGCGAACCGCAAUCUGAAAGUGUUGCUUUCUAUUGGCGGAUGGACGUAUUCGCCUAAUUUCCCUACUGCUCUUGCCACUGAAGCGAAUCGCGCUACAUUUGUGAAUACGUCGAUUGGCUUCGUCAAAGAUCUUGGGUUCGAUGGUCUUGACAUUGACUACGAGUAUCCAAGCAACAGCACAGAAGCGGAUAAUUACGUGGCUUUACUCAAAGCGCUCCGUGAGGGAUUGGACGACUAUGCUGCUCAGCACACCCCUGGCUAUCACUACCUUCUCAGUGCAGCUGUGCCAGCAGGGCCGUCCAACUACGAGAAGUUGCACAUCUCGGAUAUGAACGAGUACCUAGACAUGUGGAAUCUCAUGGCGUACGACUACAGCGGCUCUUGGGACACCAUCGCCGGUAUGAAUGCUAAUUUGUACAACUCGACUGAUUACCCCAACUCGACGCCCUUCAACACCGAGCAGGCCGUCAAUUACUACCUCGACAACGGCGCUACUGCCAGCAAGAUCAACCUAGGCAUUCCACUCUACGGACGCUCUUUUACCAACACAGAUGGACCCGGCACCAAUUUCUCUGGCGUUGGCAGUGGUUCAUGGGAAGAUGGCGUCUGGGACUAUAAAGCGCUUCCCCAGGCCGGCGCGACAAUAUAUUAUGACAACACGUCCGUCGCGUCAUGGACUUACGACAGCUCGCAGAAACUCAUGAUCAGCUACGACACGCCUAGCAUUGUCCAGAUCAAGGGCGACUACAUCAAGUCUAAGGGGCUUGGUGGGGGGAUGUACUGGGACAGCAGCAGCGAUAAGUCCGGAUCGGAGAGUCUGGUCAACACGCUUGUGGAAAGACUAGGCGGCACCGGUGCGUUAGAGCAGGUCGACAAUGAGCUCAGCUACCCUGCGUCUGUAUACGACAACAUUAAGAAUGGCAUGGAGUGA